CAUUCAACUAAUUGAACACUAAAUACUACACAAUGUCUCCACCAGCCUUUUCUGACAUCCAAAAGUCUUCCAACGACCUUUUGAACAGGGACUUCUUCCACUUGACCACUGCCGCUGUCGACGUUAAGUCUACUGCUCCAAACGGUGUUGCUUUCACUGUUAAGGGUAAGACUGCCAAGGACAACUCCAUCGCUGCCAAUGUUGAAGCUAAGUACUCUGACAAGGCUUCUGGUCUCACCCUUACCCAAGGUUGGAACAACGCCAACGCUCUUGACACCAAGAUUGAACUUUCCGAAUUGUUGACUCCAGGUCUCAAGUCUGAAUUGAUAACUUCUGUUGUUCCAAACGGUGCCAGAAACGCCAAGUUGAACUUCUUCUACCAACAAAACGCUGUUAACGCUCGUCUUUUCUUUGACUUGCUUAAGGGUCCAAUUGCUCUUGCUGACCUCUCUGUCGGUCACGAUGGUUUCACCGCUGGUGCCGAACUUGGUUACGACAUCUCUUCUGCCAAGGUCAACAAGUACUCCCUUGGUGUUGGUUACGCCAAGCCACUUUACACUGUUGCUGCCACCGCCACCAACAACUUGUCCGUCUUCUCUGCUGCUUACUACCACAAGGUUUCUCCUCUCGUUGAAGCCGGUGCCAAGGCCACUUGGGACUCUGUCAAGUCUGCCAACCCUAACGUUGAAUUCGCCACCAAGUACAAGCUCGACUCUACCGCUUUCGUCAAGGCUAAGAUUGCCGAUUCUGGUGUUACCGCUCUUGCCUACUCUCAAGAAUUGAGACCAGGUGUUAGAUUGGGUUUGGGUGCUUCUUUCGAUGCUUUGAAGUUGGCUGAACCAGUCCACAAGUUGGGUUUCUCCUUGUCCUUCUCCGCUUAAGUAAUUUGAAGUAUAUAUAUGAUAAAUGAAUCAAUCUACA